AUGGCUUCUUCUCGCAAGCUCUACUUAAGGGCGAAGUGAUUGAAAACAUGUCACAGGCAAAGUUUGUAGCUGGAAUCUAUGCCCCUACAAGAUAUUUGUAUGCAUUCAAAGACAAGUUAACUGAAGAAAUGCUGUCUACAUGUACCGCAUUUAUUCUGUCAAAAACGGAAAUUAUCACGAAUGCUCAUUGUGUGGCUGGCGCCCCAUAUAUUUAUGUGGUAGUUGGUACGAAAGUUGCAUUAGAGAAAAACCUAAUCAAAGUCGAAAAAGUGAGAUUUGCAUAUCAUCCUCUUUAUAAUGAAUCAAUUGUUGGUGCAUUUGAUAUUGCCAAAAUUACAUUGGAAAAGCCAUUAGAGUUCAGCGAUACCGUUGGCAGUAUCAGAGUCGUGGACAAAGAUUACAAAUUGAAUAACUCAUCAGAAGUGGUCACCGUAUAUGGGUAUGGUGUGUUGAACAGCAUCGGACCAUUGAAAUUGAGGCGUUGCGAUGCGAAGUAUAUAUCUGAUGUCAACCGAGCCGACACAUUCAACCCAGUUCAGACUUUGUACUUUACCACUGGUGAUUCUAAAAAAGAUGGUGAAAUUAUUACACCUGGCGAUUCGGGUGGACCAGUCGUUUCAAAAACAAAUGGCAAAAUCGUGGGCAUAACUACGAGUAUAAAUGGAACAACAGGUGGCCGCGGAAUGUUCCUUCCAAUUACUCUAUUUCUUGAUUUUAUUCGUAACCCAAAGCGCGUGAAACCACUUCCAACUUCGCUCACACCUAACGAAGCUAAAUUUAUAGCCAGUAUAAGGGUAUUUCCAAAAUUUCUUACUGCUUACAAUAAAGAUUUUGCCGAUUACGACGAAAACUUUCAACUCCAAUUUAAUGGAAUCAUUUUGUCGGAAACGGAGAUUUUGACCUGUGCACAUCAAGUGCACGGUGCCCCAUACGUCUAUGUAAUAGUUAAUAAACUCACAAGCAAUGAGAAAACAAUCAGAGUCACUAAAUCCCAGAUAAAAAUUCAUGAGAAAUACGCAUUUCCUGGAUUGACAUUUAACAUUGCCAAGAUUACCCUAAAAAAUCCGCUAGAGUUCAACGACAACGUCGGCAGCAUCGAUUUGGUGGACAAAGAUUACAAAUUGAAUGACCCGUCCGAAAUGGUCACUGUCUACGGUGAUAUGAUAUUGCAUGGAACAAUGAGAAUGAGACGUUAUGAUGUAAAGUAUUUGGAUGGCGCCAAAUGCAAAUCGAAGUUGGGCGAUCUAUUUGAUGCAAAUCGUUUGAUGUGUUACACUUUUGAUGAAAGCAUGGGAGAUCUCUGUGCGUUUGGAGGACCGAUGAUUUCGAAGAAGAAUAACAAAAUCGUGGGCAUGACCAUAACUGGUAUACCUGAUGCGACAGUUAUUUUUCAACCAAUUGCACCGUUGCUCGAUUGGAUCCAGGAGCCAAGGGUAGGACGUAAUCAAAAAAGAAGAAUAUAGGCUUGA